CGAAAAUUAGUCUCGUAGUUCAUUAAAACUAUUUGCCCCGUUGCUGAAAAUAUAGCAUUAAUGGGUAUGGGCUCAAAAUCCCACUUCUGCGGUGAAUCUUGUUGGUGGAACAAAAAAAGGUUUUACUUAACGUUUUCAAUACUUUUAAAAAUAUAUUGAAAAACAAACGGUCCAAAUGUUUGAAGUAUUAAUGUGACAAGUAUGCCAAUUAUUAUAAUUUAAAUAAAACUCUGCUCAAGACAAAAAAAUAUCUCUGUUAUCUGGAAAUUUUAACUAUUAUCAAAAUGAGAAGUAGCGGAUUAGUGUUAUUCGUGUGCUCCGGUCUAUUGCUGAGCGGAGGAUCGAUUCUCGGAGUGUCAACAAUAUGGAGUUUGAUACGUAUGUCAUACUAUUUCUGGACGUCUGAUCUCGGAGUUGAACUGGGCUCGAGCGUGUUGUUUAUAUCGGGAGCGCUGCUCUGCCUGCCAGCGUGUUGGCUGGCGACCCUUGUGCCCUACCACCCAAGAUCUCUUUCAUUACUAGCAACUCUUAUGAUACUAGUGACAACUGGGAUAAUGCUAUUGUCUAUCGGUAUGACUUCCAUAACGGGUUUAUCACGAGCGGUGCGUGAGCCUGCCAUACUCAAUGCUAGCAUGCUGCGAUCUAUGUCCUUCGAAGCAAUCGACCCAUCUGUUAGAAGCGCUUUUGCGUCUAUGCAAAUGGAGUUAAAAUGCUGUGGCGUGAAGUCCCAUGAAGACUGGUACAAUAAUGGACAGCGGUUACCUCCCUCGUGCUGUGGACGAGUUUGGAAUGGAAAGAAUGGUAAUAAUAUAUGCGAGAUACCGUUGUAUAGCACGGGGUGCCUCCGACCUGCCCUUUUCGAGUUGCGGAUGCUUGCUAACUCAAUCACUAUACUUGCUUGUGCCAUAAUUAUUGUUAAGGCAGUGACGUUGUACGCGGCCGCAUACACCCUAGUGACGGGUGUGGUGGAGAGGCCGCCGGCCGGGUACAAGCCACAACCGAUGCGCUUUGCAUGCCUCACCGCACCGCCCUUCGCGCCGGCCUACUCACAACCACGUCUUGAGGCACCCGCUAUAUAAUACUGGGGGUUACUAUCUGAGGGCCAAGUGUGUGAUUAUCCACCUUAGUAUACUUAUUCGAUGGCGUGAAAGUUAACGCCGAAUUAGAUGUAAAGUGACCAGCCUGUUUCCCAGUAUUGUAACUAGAUGGCGCUCUUCCGAUACCAUAUACACCAUAGUUAACUUUCACGCGGAUAAGUAAACGUAGUUAGAAAAUCUCACCAUUGGUACUCAGUGGCGUGCACUUCUUAGACGCACAAAAGCACUGCCUAUCCAGGGCUUUAGAAAUGAACGGGGAGUCUCCUCGGAAUAUUCAGUAUUUUGUCACACUUUAACUGAGACAACUAUUCGAACUUCAGAACGUGAUAAAAUACUGAAUAACUACUCCGACGUUAUUCCACGUUUAUUUGUAGCUGCGUUUUAAAUAACUCCUAUAGGAAGAGGGUUUGCCAUUUCAAAUUUUCCCGCUUUAUGCCUAACCUGGUCAAAAACGCCGUAAACGCCACUGCUGACUAGUUGCUACCAUUGCUUACAGGAGAAGUAUUUUAAAAUGACAGUUUAAUUGACAUACCUUGACGUCCUAAAAAUAACGCUUUUAAUUCGAAAACAAAGUUUUAAUAUUAAAAUAACAGUAUUUGCGCGAUCGCAGUUAGGGGGCUGAUCGCAACUUACUUAAUAUCGCCGGGCAAAGACACUCGUGGCGAUUUCUCGGUACCACAUAAAUUUAAAAAACGGUGAGAUUAUUACACAUUUUUACUGCAUCGUGAUACGCCGAAGUAAUUGCUGAUGAUGUUUGUCAACAUGCCACUUUUUCAGUAGAUAUGCACUAUAAAUUCAUCUGACAAAAUGCGAAAGUUUUGAUAUCAGGCAUAUUUCAGUGGGUAUUCACAAAUUCAUCCACAGAAACGCUGAAAAUGAAACGUCCCCAAAGAGUAUAUCUACCUAAAAAUUCCAAAAUAAAUGCGUAAGAUGCAUAAACAUGAAUUGUUCAGUCGUAUUUUUCAAUCCUUACGAGUACCUUUAAAUUUGCUCAAAGACGACUGUGUUUGGCGUUCAUUUCCCAUGACUACAGUAAGAUGCUUGUGGCUUGUCUUGUAAUAUGCGAUCGCCAAUCAGCUGAUAAGUAGGGUUUACGUUUCACAGAAGUGUUUAAAUUUUUACUAACGAUUACUAUUUUUUUUUC